GCGUCGGUACGCACCAGCCAAGUGGCGAACGAGGCCGCGCCGGGGAAGGCGGACUGACUGGGAAGUGACAUGGAGGCCCCCGAGAGGAAGCUGCCCAGAGCAAUACUUGGCCAUGGAGACUAUGACUCUGAUUUUAGUGAUGAUGAAACAGUGGAGAAAUCUUGCCAACAGAAAAAUAGUGAAGAUGCCUUACUCAAAAAGCCCUUCCAGAAGGACAAGCACGACAAGGUGGCCCACAGACAGGUGGCAAUGGAUGAGUGGGACAGGGAAGAAGCCAGAAAUAGACGGUUCCAUUUAAUAGCAAUGGAUGCCUAUGCAAGACAUAAGAAGUUUGUAAAUGAUUACAUUUUAUACUAUGGUGGUAAGAAAGAAGACUUCAAACGUUCAGGAGAAAAUGAUAAGACUGAUCUUGAUGUUAUAAGGGAGAACCAUAGAUUCUUGUGGAGAGAAGAGGAUGAAGUCGAUAUGAACUGGGAGAAGAGGUUGAGCAAGAAAUACUAUGAUAAAUUAUUCAAAGAAUACUGUAUAGCAGAUCUGAGAAAAUACAAAGGGAACAAGUUUGGAUUUAGAUGGAGGCAUGAGCAAGAAGUUGUAUCAGGAAAAGGGCAAUUUUCUUGUGGAAGCAAACAUUGUGAUGAAAAAGAAGGCUUAAAGAGCUGGGAGGUGAAUUUUGGUUAUGUUGAACAUGAGCAAAAGAAAAAUGCACUUGUUAAAUUAAGACUCUGUCCAGAAUGCUCUUUCAAAUUAAAUUUUCAUCACAGGAAAAGGGAGGUCAAACCAGGAAAUAAGCAAGACAACCAAGAACAAAGUUCUAAAAUUUUAAAGGGUAAAAGAACAUCUUCACCGCACAGGCACAGGGCAAAGAAAAAAAAGAUCCAUGAAGGUGCAACAUCAUUAGAAGAAUCGAACGAAACUGAUGAAGACUCAGGUAGUGAUGAUCAAGAAGAUGGUCCCUCUGAGGCAGAUUUCUGGAGGGGUCCACCACAGGAUGCAGAAGAAAAAACGAGGGAGGAAGAAUUCGACGAAUACUUUCAAGACUUGUUUCUCUGAAAUGAGAUCUCCAAAUCUGAAAUGUGUUUCUUCAUAUUCAUCAAAAACUGCAAAUAAAAAGCAGGUUUUCACAUUUAAUUCAA